AGGAUGUACUGUAAUGUAAACUGGCUUUUAUGACUUGAGUUCAUUUUAAUUUAUUCUGCUUUAUUUGCUUCAUUUUAUCCGGGUACAGUCAGCCAAAGCCAAACAAAGAGGUUAGACACGUGUAUUCAUAUGUUGAUGAUGCCAGACUGUAUGUUCAGGUUUUGCAUAUAUAAGGCCCCAUGAUGAGCUCCUUCUGCACUUCUUCUUGGUGUUUGCUGCUUUGUAGCAGCAAGUGAACAUCUGGGAGCAUGACCUCACCACGAUGGAUGAUCCUCGUCUGCUUCUCCCUGAUCUCAGUCUUUGGGACGGGAGAGAGUUUGACGAUCAUUGUUCCAGAGAUCUCCAAUGAACAAAAUUCUCUGCCUGCAAUUAUCGCUCAGAUGAGCAGAGCAAUCGCUGAUCUGAAUGCCAGCCACAAAAAACUGUUGGUUCAGCAAAGCCGGAGUGGAUGUAAUUGUAACCCGUCUUCACUCCAAGCCUGUUACUCACAAAGGAAUCUUGCGAAUAGAAGGCUGAGCUCUUGCAAUUCACAAGUGAGAUCACUGGGUGCCCAGAGAUCCUCAUUACUGCGCCAAGUCAGCGGCCUCCGUUCCCAGUAUGCCGCAGUGGUGAAACAAAGAGACGUUCUUCAGGGUCAAUUGAAUGUCUUUGUAAGGUAUCAGAAUUACGGAUGGAAAUAUUACCGUGGAAGUUUCUAUUACUUCUCUACAAGCAAGGCAAACUGGCAGGCCAGUCGUAAUUACUGCACCGCAAGGGGAGCAGACCUGGUGGUCAUCAAUGAUGCUUUUGAAAACAACUUCACCAGAGAAGUGAAACGCAUUGCCUGGAUUGGACUGUACAGGUCAGGAUCCAACUGGAGAUGGGUGGAUGGAAGUUACCUGUCAUCAAGAGCCAGCUAUUGGGCUCCAAAAGAACCUAACAAUUCUGGAAACAGGGAAGAUCGUGGAGAAAUAUGGCUAUACAACAAUAUAGAAAACUGGAAUGAUGCACCAUGGGCAGAUGCAAACUACUGGAUUUGUGAGAAGAAGGUUUAGUGAAAACUCUCUGAGCUUUCUUAUCAUGAAAUGGCAUUAGCUUGAGAUCUGCUGAAGUGAAAACCUUAAUGCAGGUCAUCUGUCCUUUCUGCUUUACUUUUCAAUCAUAAUGAAAUCAUUUUAAUCUGUUGGUAUAAUGGGGUUGAUUAAGAAAUGUAAUCUUUUGCUGUUCUGCAAGUGUAUCUUUUUCUGUGGCUAAAUAAAGCAUUGCAAAAUCAACUUAGUCUGUUUCAUUACUUUAUUAGCCUUUUUGAGGCAGUCGAUGGGAUGCACUGGACUUAGACCACAAUGUUCCCUUUUUUGUCGUACCAGAUGAACAAAACCAUGAUGAUUCAGCCUUAACAGCCUUCAAUAUCCUAAUUCAUGAACAGUCCUGGAGGGGACCACAGCAACAGCGAAAAGCUAUCACCAAUGCAUACUGUCAGACUUGAUUGUUGGUUGUCAAAUGCCUCUGUCUAUUAUGGAAAAAAACAAUUUUCUGCUCUUCCUUACUGUGCUUGACAAAGAAGUACAGCCCA